AUGUCCGCCCCUUCCCUUACCAGCUUCAUUGUCAAGCGCCCAUGGCUCAAGCGCUGGAUGACGCCGAUCGCCGAGUGGUACACCGACGCCGCCGGCUACAGAAGACUCGGUCUCCGCGCUGAUGACCUGAUCCCUGAGGAGAGCGACGUUGUGCAGACGGCUCUGAAGCGCCUUCCUCCCAAGGAGGCCUACGACCGCAUUUUCCGUAUCCGCAGAGCAUUCCAGUGCUCCGUCUCCCACACCCUCCUUCCCGCUGCUGAGCAGACCAAGCCUCAAGAGGAUGUUGAGUACCUGAGCCCCAUCAUCCGCGCGAUCGAGCAGGAGAAGAAGGAGCGUGAAGACCUUGACAGCCUUGUCGUCCGCCGGUAA